GUAGUUAUUAGGAGUAAAAGUGGAGAGAUCUUGUAUCGCAUUUCCCCAUGGGCGAAGUAUGUGGCUCGUGAAGGUGAUAAUGUGAAUUAUGAUUGGCUACACUGGGAUCCAGAACACCUAUAUAAAUUUAAGCAUUCCAGACCAAAGAAGCCAAGAGGUCUAAGAAUUUAUGAAUCUCAUGUGGGAAUUUCUUCUCAUGAAGGAAAAGUAGCCUCUUAUAAACACUUUACAUGUAAUGUACUACCAAGAAUCAAAGACCUUGGUAACUGCUUGCUUUCAAUAUGAUGUAACCUUGGUUUUGCUGUGUUCUUUACCUUCAGCCGUUACGGAACUCCUGAAGAACUAAAAGAACUGGUCGACACAGCUCACUCAAUGGGGAUUAUAGUCCUCUUAGAUGUGGUUCACAGCCAUGCUUCAAAAAAUUCAGAAGAUGGAUUGAAUAUGUUUGAUGGGACCGAUUCCUGUUAUUUUCAUUCUGGACCUCGAGGGAAUCAUGAUCUUUGGGAUAGUCGAUUGUUUGCCUACUCCAGCACAUCUGUUCGUGGUCAAGGUUUCUCAGGUGAUUACCAUGAAUAUUUUGGACUGCAAGUAGAUGAAGAUGCCUUAGUGUAUCUCAUGUUGGCAAAUCAUUUGGUUCACACAUUGUAUCCAGAUUCAAUAACCAUAGCAGAGCUCCUGAAAGAGUUUAAAGAUGAAGAUUGGAAUAUGGGCAAUAUAGUGUUCACACUAACAAACAGACGCUACCUUGAAAAGUGCAUUGCUUAUGCAGAGAGCCAUGACCAGGUUCUCGAGAUACUUUCCAGACGUCUUACCAUCACGUUCCCCUGUCAAAAUACACCCAGCAUUGUUUAUGUUUCUCUUACGUUGUAUCUUCAGAAUGAACAGCAUUCCAGGUAUGGUCUGGCAAGUAAUGAAUUUGGGCACCCUGAAUGGUUAGACUUCCCAAGAAAAGGAAAUAAUGAAAGUUACCAUUAUGCCAGAAGGCAGUUUCAUUUAACUGAUGAUGACCUUCUUCGCUACAAGUUUCUAAAUAACUUUGACAGGGAUAUGAAUAAAUUGGAAGAAAGAUUCAAUUGGCUUUCAGCUCCACAGCUCAAUUUCUGUACGUUCAAAAUUGUGCUGGACUCCGACGCAGCUGAGUUUGGAGGACACCAGAGGCUGGACCACAGUACCGAUUUCUUUUCUGAGCCUUUUGAACAUAAUGGGCGUUCCUAUUCUCUUUUGGUGUACAUUCCAAGCCGAGUGGCCCUCGUCCUUCACAAUGUGGACCUGCCCAACUGAAGAGACCUGGUUUCAGCUCCUCCAGGGGGAAGACGUGCGUUUUGUUUUUCGGUUGUCGUUGUCACGUAGCUUAUAACAUGUAAGCUUUUCAAAAUAUAGUGUCUAGCCAAUACAGGGUACCAAGAUUGUUGUUAUGUUUUUUCAAACUAUCUUGAGAAAUACUGUAAUAAAUAUGUAGAAAUAAUAUAAAAUUAAGAAUUGCCAUAGAUAAUAUAAUGAUAUUGAUAUAUCAUAUCAAUAUAUCAUAUCAAUAAUAUCAAUAUAUUGAUAUGAUAAUAUAAUAUAAUGAGUUCAUUAUCUAUGAACUCAUCCAUGCUUCAUCUUGCGUGUUUUAUCUUGUGAUCUCUUAUUCACUUAAUGUCUUGGUAGAUGCUGAUAUCUCUCUUUCUGAAGGCCUGAACUGGUAAUUGUAACAUUUCAGGAAAUGUCUUUUACUCAAUAAAAACAUAAUUGCAAAAUUUC